UAUAUAAGAUUAACGAAAUUAUUAGUCAUUUUCAGUGGCAAAAUAAUCCCACCACCCUUCAUAAAUGUCAUCUCCUUCUAGAGUAAGUCACAACUCCAGGUUUUGUAAGAUUGGGUGCUCUACUACUCCAGAAGGCCAUUGUGGGCAGCAGCUCCAAUUGGAUGUCGAUCAAGGAAGAUGCAACCCCAAUUAUAGGUCUCUCAGAGUCCAUGUUGGCAUCAAUUUCCGGGAUCACAGUAGCAGUAGUAUGCAUAGAGAUGGAGAAGGAAAACUUUAUUGAAUUUGGAUGCUACCUUUACCGGGCUUCUCUGGCCAUAAUGGAGUUGCUGACAGCUGAGAGCCACCCAGCAAAUGCAAUAGAGAUUCUACGAACUCUAUCCAAAAACGUUGAUUUGGCCAUGGAUGUCAUGAAGAGAUGCGAAGAAGGCAUGGAACCAAUUUCCGAUAAUGAACUGAUAAGCAUCAUAGCACAGCUUGAGGAGGUGAUAAAACACAUGGGAGACUGCCUGAGCCUGAUACCGUCAUCGUCAUUUGGAGAUCAAGAAUAUGCAGAAGUUGCUAUCCGGUCUCUUUCAAAAGAGAUGCAGAAUGCAAAAUUUGGUACAAGCCAAACUCUAGCAAAGACCUACGAGCUUAAUACACAUGGAUUGUCUUUGGAGAAGCAAUUGAAGGAACAAGAGGUAUCAACAGAAAAAGACCUCUACCCCAUUAGUGUUGAGGUUUCUGCAGAAACUCCUCAGUUCUUAAAUAUGCCUCCUGCACGUAAAAGCAGCAGUUCGGACAUCACUAGAAAACAUGGGAAAAUGAGAAGUUCCUUAACAACAUUGCCACAGGUGGAUCAGUACGUAGAGCCUCUUUAUGAAACUUUCUUUUGCCCUCUAACACAGAAGAUCAUGGAUGAACCAGUCACCAUAGGAUCAGGAGUGACCUAUGAAAGGAAGGCAAUAACUGAGUGGUUUGAGAAAUUCAAAAACUCAGAGGAGAUUAUCUGCCCAACCACAGGGAAAAAGCUGGUAAGUACAAAUCUCAACACCAAUAUAGCUCUGAAGUCCACCAUAGAGGAGUGGAAGGAAAGGAAUGAAUCAGCCAGCAUCAAGGUUGCCAAGGCAGCUUUGUCUUUAGCCAGUUCAGAGAGUAUGGUACUCGAAGCAAUAAAAGAUUUGCAAAGUAUCUGCAAAAGGAAACAAUAUAACAGGAUAGAAGUUUUGAGUGUUGGAGUAUUACCUUCGCUCGUAAAAUUUCUAGACUACAAAGACAGAGAUGUUAGAUGUGCAGCAUUGGAACUAUUACGACUACUUGCAGAGGAAGAUGAUGACUGCAAGGAAAUAAUUUCCAAAACAAUGAGUAUUUCAACAGUAAUCAAGAUGCUGUCAAGUAGUCACCAGUCAAUAAGGCAUGCAUCAUUGCUGUUCUUGCUUGAACUUUCAAGAUCCCUAUCUUUGUGCAAGAAAAUUGGGUCGGUUACUGGAGGGAUCCUAACGCUGAUCUCUAUUAAAUACAAACCUUCAAUCGAUGAAUUUGCCUCAGAAAAGGCAGAUGAAAUCCUAAGGAACUUAGAGAGAUCACCAAAUAACAUUAAGCGCAUGGCAGAAUGUGGACUUUUGGAACCUCUUCUAAAUCAACUUACUGAAGGUUGUGAAGAGACGAAAAUGGAAAUGGCGAGCUACCUUGGGGAAAUUGCUCUCGGACAUGACAGCGAAACCUCUGUGGCUGAGAGGGCUUCUUCUCCACUCAUCAAAAUGAUUCAGUUUGGGAAUACUUUGAGCAGAAGGGAAGCAUUUAAAGCUCUAGCUCGAAUCUCAUCGUACGGGACAAAUGGCAAGAUACUAGUGGAAGCUGGAGUCGUGCAAAUUAUGGUUGAAGAGAUGUUCACUAGGAGAAUAUGUGACGAGCCUAUGAACUCCAAAAUAGAAGCAGCUGCAAUACUGGCAAAUAUAUUUGAGUCUGGACUUGACCUUGAGAACCUCCAAGUGAAUAGUCAUGGACACAUCGUGUCUUCCAACUAUUUUGCCUACAACAUCAUCUACAUGCUCAAGAACUCCUCCCCUGAUGAACUCAACAUCAACCAUAUCAGAAUUCUCUUGUGCCUGACGAAGACACCAAAAUCAACAGCCAUCGUUGUCUCAGCGAUCAAAACGACUGAAGCAAGCUACAACCUGACAGGAUUCAUCAAUAAUCCAAAUGAAGAACUUGCGGUACUAACAAUUAAGCUACUGGGUACACUUUCACCCUACAUGGGCCAUAUACUAGUAGAAAGACUCUGCAAAACCAGAGGACAACCUGAGAAUCUAAUCCAGAGACCGACUGACAUAACCCAAAUCACAGAGAGACAUGCAGUUUCAGCAAAAUAUUUAGCACAACUCCCUCACCAAAACCUAACACUCAACCUAGCUCUUCUGAGCAAGAAUGUAGUCGCGACGAUCCUACAAACAAUCAAUCAAAUCCAGAGAAGUGGAACAAGAUCAAGCAGGUAUGCAAGUGCUUACUUGGAAGGCCUGGUGGGGAUUCUAGUCAGAUUCACAGCAACAUUAUAUGAUCCUCAAAUGUUGUUUCUAGCAAGAAACUACAAUUUCACGUUAGUGUUCACAGAGUUGCUCAUGAAAACAUCAAGCGAUGAAGUUCAGAGGUUAUCAGCAAUUGGGUUGGAGAAUCUCUCAUCAGAAUCAAUAAGUCUAUCAAAACCACCACAAAUCAAGAAAGCCAAGUCUAUGAGGUUACCCAAGUUCCUAGCUUUUGGUUCAUCAAAGCGGAGUAAUAUACAAGUGUGCGCAGUUCACCGAGGGGCAUGUUCUUCACAAAACACAUUUUGUUUGAUUGAUGCAAAGGCAGUUGAAAAGCUGUUGGCUUGCUUGGACCAUGAGAAUGUUGAAGUGGCUGAAGCUGCCUUGUCAGCUAUAUGUACGUUGUUGGAUGACAAGGUUGAUGUAGACCAGAGUGUAAACAUGUUGAGUGAAGUAAAUGCCAUAAAACAUGUUCUUAAAUUGGUGAAAGAACACCAGCAAGAGGGUCUGUGGCAAAAGUCACUCUGGGUGAUUGAGAAAUUUUUGGUGAAAGGUGGGGACAAGUCUUCUUCAGAUAUAUCACAGGACAGGUUGUUGCCUGCCACAUUGGUGAGCGCCUUUCAUCAUGGGGAUGGUAAUACGAGGCAGUUGGCUGAGAAGAUUUUGAUGCAUUUGAAUAAGAUGCCAAAUUUCUCUACUUGUUAAAUGAUAUGAUUAAUGCAGAAAUAAUCUCUUUAGUACGCGCGCUCAUAUUGAGCACGAAAGGUUUUAGUUUUUUACCAAGUGAAGAAGUUUUGUAACAGGUCAUACGAACCUUGUAGAGGUGAUUAUUGAGUCCUAGUUGUAAAUGGGUCCCCCAUGUUUUUUAGUUGUGGUUAAUUGGUUUCUUGGUUGUAGGAGUUUGUUUAUAUGUUAGUGUACAUAGAAGUGUUUUGCUAGAUGAAGAAAACGGCCUAUCUUUUGUGCAAUAAUUCCAGCUUUGUCAUCACUUCUUUGACUUGAG